GUGCAAUUGUCACAUUUAUGAAAAACUACGUUACGAUCCCGCGAGACGGAGCUACAUCUGUCUAGAUAUUCUCUUCACCAUAGUUACGGAAAUUUAUUGGAGCUUGACGGGAGAACACCAUGUGAUCAGCAUUUUGAUUUGGUUAAUUCAUGUGUAACACGUGUACAGUUGUCAAAAUUACCUUUCGUCGUUAAUAUGUGGAACUUACAUUAUUAAUAUUAAUAUACAAUUAUUUAAAAACGUUGGUCCCUUGCGAAUUAACUAACAAAAUGCAGAUGAAAUUGAAUAAACGACGCAGCUCUGAAAAUAUCGAAGUAAUUGAUAUAGAUGAUUUAGUUUUGACGAGAAAAGGCGGAGGAAGUAUAAUUGAUCAACGGCCAGUUUUUUCACACGAUGGAGAAACAUUGUACAUAGUAUGGAAACAUAUUAUAAGAGCAUACAGUACACAAACUGGAGACUUUGUUAAAGAGUUGGAACCGGCGAGUAACAGAAUUGCAGGAUUGAUUAUACAUCCAGAGAAUCCAAAUCUGAUCAUUGCUUGCACAGAAAAUGGAGAAUUGAAUUUUUGGAGUUGCCAGAGUGGCAUUAUCACAAAAAAAUUAAAAUUAAAAUUUCAAGAUGAGCCAAAAAUAAAAACAUUUCAUAUUGUAAAUUACAAAACCCACAAAGGAAAUGAGUUUCGUCAAGUACUUGUAACAUAUAUUUCCAAAUGCAAUGCAAAAAUUUAUAUAGUGUUAUUUGAUUUAGAUCAUGGUUCUUGUACAAAAUCGACAUGUAUACAAACAAAGUCUCGUGAAUAUUAUGUUGAUAUAAUCGGUAAUCAUGGUGACAACUUAAUAGCACUUCUUCAUGAUGUGGAUUUGCACAUAUUGUGUCCAUCAAGAAAUCUUGUUGAUAAAUUACAUAAAACAGGUAAAACAGGCAGAAUUCCAACAUGUAUUGCUGGACAUCCAGAAGAAGAGUGUGUAGCUACUGGAGAUUCGACUGGUCGUGUAGUAGUAUGGAAGAGUUUGUUUCAGAUAAGACCUUAUACAGCAGUUUAUCAUUGGCAUACAUUGCCUGUUACAGAAAUAGCAUUCAGUAAAUCAGGGGGUCAUAUGUAUACUGGAGGUGGAGAAUGUGUGUUAGUGAAGUGGGUUUUAGCAAAUCCACAUCUUAAAUCCUUUCUUCCCCGAUUACCUGCACCCAUUAAACAUCUUACUAUUGCUCCGGAUAAUUUAUACGUGGCUGUGUCUACUUUAGACAAUGGUAUUGUGGUUGUAAAUCCACAAAGAAAAUUAACAUCAGUCAUACAAAAUUUUACAUGGGGUGUGACCUUGUCUUCUAAAGAUUUAUUCCCUGCUGGCCUCGUUGUUGAUCCACGUACGAAUUGUUUAGUUUUAAACAGUCGCACCGGGCAUGUUCAGUUUUAUAAUACCCAUACGAAAAGUUUGUUGUAUAAUAUAAACAUUACAGCACAAAAUUUUUUAACUCAAGAGCGUAGUGUAAUUAUUGUAAACACAGAAGUUACGAAGAUAGCAUUAAAUCAUGACGGUUCGUGGAUGGCAACUGUUGAAGAAAGAAACGAUAAAGUCUCGUGUAUAGAAGUGAGACUGAAAUUUUGGAUGUAUGACAUUAAACAGCAACAGUAUGCAUUAAACACAUCAAUCGAGCUUCCUCAUGAAGGCGGUGUAAAUGCUUUGCAUUUCCAACCACAUUUGUUGUUCGAUGAUGGAACACUAGCGAUUACAACCGGCAAGGAUAAAAAAUUCAAAUUGUGGCAUCUUGUAGAACCUUCAUCCACACGUAGAAAAAACAAAUGUUGGCAGUGCCAUAGCAUAGGAGAUUAUAGAAAUCUGCCUGCAACAGACGCUGAUUUCUCAAUCGAUGGUUCAUUAGUCGGUAUUGGUUUUGAUUCUAGUCUAACAAUGUGGACUCCUGAUACUUGUACAUUUAAAUGUAGCCUUACGCAUAAUCAAUAUCAAUAUCCAAUAACACGAAUUGAAUUUGGAAAACAAGAUGCCUGCCACCUUGUGAUAGUAGCUUCAGCACAGCACAUUGCAGUGUGGAAUAUUUUGUCGCUUACGUUAAUAUGGAGUGUACCUUUAAAUGUUGCAACUCUUACAGCAGACCCAAAAUCGACAUAUAUGGCUGUAUUCACAACCGAUAAUUCAUUAUUUGUAUUCACGCCCCAAAAAUCGAAACCCAUCUAUACGAGAAAAAAUGUCAUCGAAAACGACAGUUUUAUCUUGGGUGCUGCGUUUGUACCAAAUUUAAAAAUGAAACAAGAUUCAUCAUACGGACUGUGGCAACGAAGAUCGCAGCUUUUCUUUUUAGAUUCUAAUCAAGAAUUACUAACGUUAGAACCAGAAUCCGAAGUGAUGGUUUCUCUGGAAAUUUUACCGAACACAACAGUUCCUGCGACCGCCUUUAGUAAUUUAGUAGCGAGCAAGACUACCACAGACAGGGAAGUACCCAGUCCAUAUAUGCACGAACAAUUGGGAAGAGUAGGAAAAGGAAUGAUAGAAGAGUGAAAACAAGAAUGUAACAAUGAGAAAUUAAUGGUACGAAGACGACUGUUUCAUUUUCAGAAGGUACAUGCCGAUUUAAGAAUUUUUGGACAUCCAGUCGCUGGAUAGUAUAACAGGUUGACUUACAAAUAUGUCUUCCUAUACUCCAUAGCUCUUUCCACUGCAUCUACGUGCCUAAUUCGCAGAGAGUCAACGCGACUUUACGAGUCAAAGCCCCAGCCAGAUGCCCACGCGCCACUUUCAGCACGUGGCUACGAUUCGUACAGGAUUCGCAUCGAGAGACAGUAUUUCAAAUCAUUCGCAGGCAAGAAAUAAAUAGAGAAAGAAAUGUGAAGUGCAACGAAAAUGGAAAACACGAUGGGACGUUGAACACGGAGGACACGUGCCGAUAUACAUUUAAUCAAAGUAGCAUAAUAAACAUAUCGAAUAAUCAAAGAGAAACGGAACAACUUGUAGGUAGUGUCCAAGUUUCAUUGAAAGAGUAUGAGGAAAGGUACUCACUAUCUCUGGAUUGCUAGCAGGAUACGCGGACGUGGCAACCGCCAAGAAAAAGACGACUGUCAGGAUGCACGACACAAAACUCCACGCAGUUAACUUCAUGCCCGAUGUUGUGUCGAGGAACCGACAGAUGUAGAGAACUUUCUUCCAAUCUCUCUUGAUGCACGAG